CAAGUAGAUCUACGCAUACUGCGAAUAAAACCAAAUUCAAAACAAAAAACAGUAAUCAUUCUGACACUGUUGUGAUAGUAAAUCUACUAGAUAAUUCUAGAAGUGAAGUGUUAGUAUAUAAAUGAAGCACGUCCUUUGGUCUGGCUAGUUAUUAAAGAAACAACAUUCAUCACACUCACUUUCAGUGGAGUCCAGUUAACAACAUCCAACAACCUUGCUGAAAAGUUAAGCACUUAAAAAUGUUUUCAAUAGUACCUAGACUCUUGAAUGAAAUGGCACCAAUGAUGCGUUUUGCUGAUGAAUUUGCUAGGUACCCACUUAUUGCUCUGGAUAAAAACAUUGCCCAAGUACUGAGUCAGUAUGGAGAAACUGAGGUUCACAAUACAGAUAAAGAAGUGCGCAUUCGCAUGGAUUUACAACAUUUUAAACCAGAGGAAGUAAAAAUAUCAUCUGAUAAUAAAAAAAUUACGGUCAGUGCUAAGCAUGAGGAGAAGCAAGACAACCAUGGCUUUGUUGCAAGAGAAAUUACCCGCAUGUACAAAUUACCAGAGGAUGUUGAUCCCCAAUCAAUUACUUCAUCAAUGAAUGCCCACGGUGUACUGAGUAUCAAAAUACAAAAGAAAGCCAUUGGGGAGCCAAAGGAGACUCAAAUACCAAUAGACUUCAAAAGCUAAAACAGACAGGCUCACAAUGCUGAUUUUGUUUGUUUUUUUACUUACCCAAGAAACAUACAUUAAAGUAGAUUGGAAUUAACUUCAAUUAUCUUUAAUAAUAUGUUCAUUGUGAAAAAGAAAAAUGGGACUCUGCAUUCAACUGUAAAAAGUCCUAUUUACCAAGAUAUUUAAAAUACCUAUGGGUAUAAUAAUAGCUAAAUCAACAAAGCUUAUGUUGGUGAUUUGAUUCCCAAAAUAUUUCCAUUUGGAUUAAUUGGGGUGAUAAGGAUACAUGAGAUCAAGUGGAAUUUUUUUAAAUGUAUUUAAUUUUUUUUUUUUUUGGAGUAAUUGCUAUUUUGCUCAUUUGUGCAGGUCAUCUAGAAAAAUUUACCACAAUAAUUUAACGUUUCUUGGUAUAUUUUUAUAUAUUUAGUUUACAUUGCAUGAUUUGCUUUAAU